AUGAAUGUCAAGUGUGAUAGUAAUGCAUCGAGUAUUAUUGAUGGUGACUAUAUUAAGGGAAUUUUUGAAUUUAAUUCAACUUUCAGAACAAUUGAAAUUACAGGGAAUAUUAAGAAAAUACCCUCAUAUUGCUUUCAUGGAUGCUCAGAAUUGGUGUCUGUAUCCCUAUUCUCCAAAAUCACGAGUAUUGGACAUUUUGCACUCUCCCAUUGCGAAAAGCUCAAAAAUAUUUCAAUUCCAACAACAGUUGAAUCAAUAGGAAUUCAAUGUUUUUCCUAUUGUUUGUCAUUAAAUAAAAUUGAUCUACCAAACAGCAUAUCUAAUAUUCAAGAUGGAUCAUUUUCAUAUUGUACUUGGAUUUCAGAUAUUAAGCUUCCAAAAUGCCUAGAACAGAUAUCUAGAUAUGCUUUUAUAGGAUGUGGCGAAUUGAAAAACAUCUCUUUACCAGUUAGUUUGAAAAUCAUUCAAAUGCAUGCAUUUUCUGAAUGUUCUAGUCUUAUUGAAAUUGUUAUUCCUGAUUCUGUAAUAGGAAUUGAUAUAAAUGCGUUUAGUGAAUGCCAUAAUCUUCAAAGGAUUCAACCCCCAAUGAGAAUUAUUGUGAAAAAAUUCGGUCCCCAUACUCAUGGUUACCUUCCUGAAAAUUGUAUAAUUAACUACACAUUUAAGGAAAAUGAGACUCGAAUAAAAGCAUAUUCUUUUUUCAGGAAUAAAAGAGUGACUGAGAUUAAUCUAAAUAAGAUUUAUUUUGGUUCUGAAAAAUUUGAUAUCCCAGAAAAUCUGACCCACAUAGAAGAGGAAUCGUUUUAUGAAUGUUUAAAUCUAAAAAAAAUAAUUCUUUCUGAAAAGAUCAUUUCUAUCGGUAAUGAUGCAUUCAAUUCAUGCGUAAAUCUAACAAUCAUUAUGCUUAAUAAUAUAUUCAUCUCGUUAGGUAUAAGAUGUUUUGAAAAUAUUCUAGCUAUUUGUCAAUUUCCUGAGCAGCAUUCUGGGUUUCAACCAUAUCAAUAUUAUGGACAGUAUAAUAUUGAAGCAAAAGCUCCAACAGAUUCAACAUUCCUUCCUCCAUUUUGUUUUUACAAUAGUAGCCUUACAUCAUUAAAAUUGAAUGGAAUGAUUAAAACUAUUGGAACAUAUUGUUUUGCAGGAACAAAUGUUGAAGAAGUUAAUUUAUAUGGAGUUGAGAUUUUGGGAGGUAGUGCAUUUGCUGAAUCUCGACAACUGAAGCGAGUAUUAUUCUCUGAUUCCAUAAAAUUUAUAGGUGAAUAUGCAUUUUAUAAUUGCUCCCGGUUAAUAGCAUUAGAGUUUAGUUCACAAAAUGCAAUCGAUGUACUCCAAAGUGCUUUCGAAUCUUGUUCAAAUUUAGAUAUCUCGACUAUUUUAUUAAAAAUGAAGUAUAUUCCGGUGAAAUGUUUCUACAAUGUUACAAAUAUUGAAUCAAUUAAUAUUCAUUCAAAUAUUGAUCGCAUUGAAGACUAUGCCUUUUGUUAUGCUAGCAAUGUUAAAUCAUUGGUUAUAGAAGAAGGAAUACGAACUAUUGGAAAAUUCUCAUUUAAUAAUGUUAACAUUACAACGAUCAUCCUUCCAGAUAGUUUGACAAGUAUCGGAGAAUACUGUUUCGGUUCAUGUUCUAACUUGGUAACGGUUAGAAAUCAUAAUUGA